AUGCCCAACCCUCCAUUCAGGCAACCUCCCACAUCGCCCUUGUCCAAGCCCACCGCAGCCCACCAUGGCCACCCUCACCACAACCACCACCCUUCAUUCUCUUCGGGGAGCUCCAGCCAACACCCAUCGAGAAAGCCCUCGAUAGUGGAACUACUCUCCUCGCCUCCUCCAUUGCCAGUGCAAACCCCUGACCAUGACGAUAUCCACGGAUUCAGUUUAUCCAGACACACCUCCAACAGCUCUCGCUCGUCUUCCGUGAUGAACGCCGCCCAACACGCCUCCACGUCGGGGUUGGACUGGUCGGAGAUUCCUCUCAAGGACUUGACUGAGUCCAACAAAUUGAUCACUAUCAAUGCUUCGUAUUCGGUGCAAAAAGCCUUCGAGACCUUGGUCACCCACAACCUCACCAGUAUUCCCGUGUUGCUUUCAUCGAGCGCCAAAGACUGCUUGACCUUCGACUACUCAGACUUGAAUACUUACUUGUUGUUGAUCAUGAACAAGAUUUCCACCAAUGACUUGGCCAUCCAUGAAAUCGACCUUCCCUUGGGCAGCAACACCACCCCGGGAACCGGCACCGAUGAUGCCAAGAAGCAUGAAUUGGUGACACAAACCAUAAGCAGAGCCAAACGUGGAGAAGAGGUCCCUGUCGAGUUCAUCAUCAAGCUUAACCCUAAAAACCCAUUCAUCAAGUUCAGCGAGACCGACACGUUGUUCCCGGUCGUCGAAACCUUGGGGAAUGGUGUGCAUCGUAUUGCCAUCACCGAUUCCGACAACAAGAUCACUGGUAUUCUUUCCCAGCGUCGUUUAAUCAAGUACUUGUGGGAAAAUGCUAGAAGAUUUCCUUCGCUUGAUUGCCAUCUCAAUUCAACAUUGCAAGAACUCGAUCUUGGUUCCAGCACUCCAAUAAGUAUUUAUGAAGACCAGCUCUUGAUAGAUGCUCUUCAAAAAAUGUCCCAUGAACGUGUCAGUUCUCUUGCAGUUAUUGACAGAACUCGUUCGCUUAUCGGGAACAUUUCCAUCGUUGAUGUGAAGCAUGUUUCCACAUCUAAGAACUCCCACUUAUUGUUCAAACCCGUUUUGAACUUUAUAAGUUAUAACCUCAGCCAAAAGGGUAUUGAGGAGGGACAAGACCAGUUCCCAAUCUUCCAUGUCAACAACCAGAGCUCUCUCGGUAGGGUCAUUGCCAAGCUUGUGGCCACCCAAAGCCAUCGUCUUUGGGUCGUGGAAUCCAGCAACAGAAACCAUUCCAACUCAAUGAGUUCUACAAACACCACCUCCUCAGCUUCCUCUGUGAACAACGGAGUCGGUUCGCUGACUCCUGCCACCGUGGAAGCUACUUUGGGCGCCGUGCCAUCCUCAAACUAUACUCCAACUGAGGCCGGUCGCCCAGGAAAGCUUGUGGGAGUGGUGACGUUGACGGAUAUUUUGGGUCUUUUUGCAUCCGCCAAGGGCAAGAAAACCGACCCAAGCUUUGCCAGAAACCAGAGAAGAGGAUCGACUUCGUCUGCAACUAGAUCCAGCUUCGAGAGCUUGAUGAACCCCGCAUCCACUUCUGCUAGCACUACCGCUGGCGGCGGUGCCCCCAAUGAAGACAUUUUCAGAAAGUCCUACGUGUCGAGCCAGAAGAGUGACAACGUUUUCUCCAAGUGA